CAUCAUUAUGAAUACCAUUGGAAUAAUUUGUCUUCUCCUAAGUUUGUCUUCGAUCCAAGCAGAGACAGUGGUCCAAAAUGAGACCCACACAGAGACCGAGACCACGAACUAUGGACCCAUUACCAUGGUGGUGAACAAUCUGGCCGAGAUUGCCAUCAAUGUGAGCGAUGAGACGACCGGCCAGCUGCAGUCCAAAAUGGAGCGCACAGUGCAGGAUAUAACGGGCAAUCUGGAGGUAUUGACCACCGAUGCCAUGGCCCAGCUGAGCGAUGCCAUAUACGAGACCAACCAGCUGCUGGUGGGAAACCCCACCUGCAAUCCGGCCUGGAAUCUGGACGAGCUCACGGCCAACAUUACGGAUCAGUUGGGGGCCUGCACUUUCGGAUUGGGCAGCCUGGUAGACAGCUUCCGGCAGGAAGGCCAGCAGUCGCUCACCAAUGUGCAAGGAUUCGUCCAGCAGAUCGCCCAGUUACCGUCCCUCUGCCAGCUGCUGGGGCAAUCGACGGAGCUGGCUCCACUCAAUCCGCUGGGAUUUGCCGGCGGCAACAACUGCUUCAUCAACGGCAUGGUCGAGAUCAACAAGGGAAUGGCACAGACUCUGCACAACGCAUCCCUACUCCUGGUCCGCACGCGACAGCUAUCGGAGGAGCAAGUGGCGCAGGCGCAACAGUGCAGCGACUCAGUCGUCCAACAGAUCCGUCAGUUGCUCAGCGACGAGCGGGCCAACUGUGAAGCGCUUUGAGCAAUGUAUAUGAGUUUGGGUAUAAGGAGAAGGAAAUAUAGAAGGGCAAAUUUAUGCACCCACAGGAGGGCGAGGACUCGCCAUAUCCUGCUCACAUA